AUGACAGUUUUCUUCUCUUCCUCAGACCCAGUGGAUGUGUUGAGGGCUCUGCAGGUUCCCUCUCUCCCCGAGGGCGUGAAGAAAGUCCCCGGCUUCUGCGCAUCCCGUCGCUCCGGCAGCCCCGACCAUGCUUACCGCAUCACCAAGAAGGCCCAGAUCUCUGCCCCCACCAAGCAGCUCUUCUCAGGUCGGUUCCCGGAGAACUUCUCCAUCAUGGCUCUGGUUAAGGCCCAGGCUGGUCUCCAGGCCUUCCUCCUCUCCAUCUACAGCGAGCAGGGCAUCCAGCAGCUGGGCAUUGAAAUGGGACGCUCCCCAGUUUUCCUGUACGAGGACCAGAACGGCAAGCCGGCCCCUGAGGACUACCCACUGUUCAAAGGCGUCAACCUGGCUGAUGGCAAGUGGCAUCGCAUCGCUAUCUCUGUUUCAAAGAAAAAUGUGACUCUGCUGCUGGACUGCAAGAAGAAGAUGACCCGCGCCUUGCCCCGCGGCAACAGCGCAGAGGUCGACACCAAUGGCAUCACGGUGUUCGGAGCCCGUCUGCUUGAUGAGGAGGUCUUCCAGGGAGACAUCCAGCAACUGUUGAUCGCCUCCAACCCCCAGGCUGCCUAUGACUUCUGUGAACACUACAGCCCUGACUGUGACUCCCCACUGCCUAAGACCCAGGCUCAGGACCCCAACACAUACUACUUUGAUGAGGAGCUGGAUGACCAUGAAUACCCCUAUUAUUAUGAGGAAACGACAGGCGUUCCCUCCUCCUCUGCGUCCCCCUCUCCCCAACCUGGGGCCCUCAGUCAACAGGAUGUAGACACUGAAUAUUCCGAGGCUGGCCACACCCCUACAGAGACUGAUUAUUACUAUGAGGAGACGGUGCCAGAGGGUGAGGUGAUUGGACAAGAAGAGAACGCUCCCCAGGUGGAGACAAUGUUGGUGGGAGAGGAGGUAGAUGCCACCAAGACAGGCGGUGUGGGCGAGGAGGCCUUCACUGAGGAGUAUGUGACUGGGGACGUGGGCCUUAAGGAAUACGACUAUUCCUACAGGGACUACAAUGAGCCAAUACUGGAGACCAGAGAGGUCGAUGCCUACAUGGGCCCCGCCCUGUCCGCUGUGACAGACGAGGGAGGCGCUGCCGUCAGAGGCCAGAAAGGAGAGAAAGGAGACCCUGCUGUCUUGGAGCCUGGUAUGCUGAUUGAAGGACCUCCAGGACCUGAGGGACCUGCUGGUCCUACUGGCCCCCCCGGCUCCUCUGGACCUCCUGGCUCUGCCGGUGACCCUGGCGAGAGGGGUUUUCCUGGUAAGGCUGGUCUGUCUGGAGCUGAUGGAAUCCCAGGACCUCCUGGAACCUCAGUCAUGCUACCUUUCCGUUUCGGUCAGAGUGGAGGAGAUAAGGGUCCUUCUGUUUCUGCCCAGGAAGCCCAGGCAGCAGCCAUCUUGUCUCAGGCCAGGAUGGCUCUGAAAGGACCUCCUGGACCAAUGGGAUUCACUGGGCGCCCCGGGCCCCUGGGAAAUCCAGGUAGUAAUGGUCUGAAGGGAGAGAGUGGAGACCCUGGUCCUCAGGGCUCCAGGGGACCCCAGGGUAUGAUGGGUCCUCUUGGCAAAUCAGGAAGAAGAGGCCGUGCUGGAGCUGAUGGCGCAAGGGGAAUGCCAGGAGAGUCUGGAACUAAGGGUGACCGUGGUUUUGAUGGCCUUCCUGGUUUGCCCGGUGACAAAGGACACAGAGGUGACUCAGGACCGUUGGGACCCCCAGGAUCUCAAGGCGAGGACGGAGAGAGGGGAGAUGACGGAGAAGUUGGACCCAGGGGUCUCCCAGGUGAACCAGGACCUCGCGGCUUGCUCGGACCCAAAGGUCCUCCAGGAAUCUCUGGACCUCCUGGUGUACGAGGGAAUGACGGGCCUCACGGUCCCAAGGGAAACCUGGGUCCCCAAGGAGAACCAGGUCCUCCAGGUCAGCAGGGAACCCCAGGAACUCAGGGUAUGGCAGGACCUCAGGGAGCCCUCGGACCCCCAGGAGAGAAAGGUCCAACAGGAAAACCAGGUCUGCCAGGAAUGCCUGGAGCCGACGGCCCGCCAGGUCAUCCAGGAAAGGAGGGCCCUUCUGGCACCAAAGGAAACCAGGGUCCCAACGGUCCCCAGGGUUCUAUCGGCUAUCCUGGCCCUCGUGGUGUCAAGGGAGGUCAAGGAAUCCGUGGACUGAAGGGCCACAAGGGAGAGAAGGGAGAAGAUGGUUUCCCUGGAAUUAAGGGAGAUUUUGGUGCCAAGGGAGAGAGGGGUGAGCUUGGAGUAUCAGGGCCUAGAGGAGAGGAUGGUCCAGAGGGGCCAAAGGGUCGCGUCGGACCGCCUGGUGAAAUUGGACCACUUGGACUGGUUGGAGAGAAGGGAAAACUUGGUGUACCUGGACUUCCUGGAUAUCCCGGAAGACAAGGACCCAAGGGAUCUCUUGGAUUCCCUGGUUUCCCCGGCUCAAACGGCGAGAAGGGAACGAGGGGUCUUGGUGGCAAAUCGGGACCAAGAGGACAAAGAGGACCAACGGGCCCCAGAGGGCAGAGAGGACCGAGGGGCACGACUGGAAAACCUGGAGCAAAGGGAACUUCGGGGAGUGAUGGCCCUUCUGGUCCGUCUGGAGAGAGGGGAUUGCCCGGACCUCAGGGAGCCAAUGGUUUCCCCGGACCAAAGGGACCUCCUGGACCACCAGGAAAGGACGGGCUUCCCGGACACCCUGGACAGAGAGGAGAAGUUGGUUUCCAAGGUAAAAUGGGUCCACCUGGACCUCCUGGAGUCGUUGGUCCUCAGGGUCCAUCAGGAGAGACUGGCCCAAUGGGCGAGCGUGGCCACCCCGGACCCCCAGGUCCACCUGGAGAGCAGGGACUUUCUGGUCCCUCAGGGAAGGAGGGGACCAAGGGAGACCCUGGACCCUCCGGAGGCCCCGGCAAAGACGGGCCCCCAGGACUGAGAGGCUUCCCUGGUGAGAGAGGACUUCCUGGAACCCCUGGAGGUGGAGGACUGAAAGGAAGUGAAGGACCUGCCGGACCUCCUGGACCCGCUGGGUCUCCUGGUGAGAGGGGGCAAGCUGGUACUGCUGGACCUGUUGGACCUCCUGGCAGACCAGGCCCUCAGGGGCCUCCUGGACCAUCUGGAGAGAAGGGAGUUCCUGGUGAGAAAGGUCCUAUCGGCCCGGCCGGACGUGAUGGAGUGCAGGGUCCAGUGGGUCUGCCUGGCCCUGCCGGAUCACCCGGAGUACCUGGAGAGGACGGAGACAAGGGUGAGGUCGGAGAACAUGGGCAGAAGGGCGCAAAGGGAGGAAAAGGAGAGCAUGGUCCUCCUGGUCCACCCGGGCCAAUGGGUCCUGUCGGUCAGCCUGGUCCUGCCGGUGCUGAUGGAGAGCUUGGACCAAGGGGCCAGCAGGGGCCAUUUGGAGCUAAAGGUGACGAAGGAACCAGAGGAUUCCCAGGAGCCCCAGGACCCAUCGGACUGCAGGGAUUGCCAGGACCACCAGGUGAGAAGGGAGAGACAGGAGAUGUCGGACCUCUGGGUCCUCCAGGUCCCCCAGGACCCCGUGGCCCAGCUGGACCCAGCGGUGCUGACGGUCCUCAAGGUCCUCCUGGUGGUUUGGGUAAUCCUGGACUUAUUGGAGAGAAGGGAGAGCCUGGUGAGGGAGGACCACCUGGAAUCGUAGGGGAGCCAGGGAAGAAGGGUCCUCGUGGAGAACGCGGAGAGAAGGGAGAAUCCGGACAACCUGGAACUGCUGGACCUGCUGGAGGACGAGGAGGACCUGGAGAUGAUGGACCCAAAGGAAACCCUGGUCCUGUUGGUUUCCCUGGUGAUCCCGGUUCCCCUGGUGAGGUUGGACCCAGAGGUCAAGAUGGUGCCAAGGGAGAGAGAGGAGAAGAUGGUGAACAAGGAGAAUCUGGCUCCCCUGGACCUCCUGGUGAGAAUGGACCUCCCGGCCCCCUAGGAAAGAGGGGCCCUGCUGGAACAAAAGGACCAGAGGGACGUCAGGGAGAGAAGGGGACUAAGGGAGACUCGGGUGCUGUCGGCCCCCCAGGAAAGACCGGACCCGUCGGCCCCCAGGGUCAACCAGGAAAACCAGGAACAGAAGGCCUCAGAGGACUGCCGGGAUCAGUGGGUGAGCAAGGAUCUCCAGGACUUGCCGGACAGAAAGGACCACCUGGACCAAUUGGACCUCCUGGUUUGCCUGGUUUGCGUGGAGACCCCGGAUCUAAGGGAGAGAAGGGACACCCGGGACUUAUCGGUCUCAUUGGACCCCCAGGAGAGCAGGGAGAAAAGGGAGACAGAGGUUUGCCUGGGCCUCAGGGAUCCUCUGGAUCAAAAGGAGAGUCUGGAAUGUCUGGAGGAACCGGACCCAUCGGCCCUGCUGGUCCUCCUGGUCUGCCUGGUCCUCAAGGUGUCAAGGGAGCUAAGGGAUCUUCUGGUGGAUCUGGUCCAAAGGGAGAAAAAGGUGUACAAGGACCUGCUGGACCUCCUGGCCCACCAGGCGAGGUCAUUCAGCCCCUGCCCAUCCAGAGGAGUCCCAAGUCCAAGCGUUCCAUCGACGCCAGCAUGCUGCUCCCCGACACCGGCUCCGACAUGCCCGCAUCUGAUGCCACUGGCACUGAGUUCCUGAUGGGCAGCGAAGGCAUGGAAGAGAUCUUCGGCUCUCUCAACUCACUGCGACAGGAGAUCGAGACCAUGCGUUUCCCUCUUGGCACCCAGGACAGCCCUGCCCGCACCUGCCAGGACCUGCACCUCAGCAAGCCGGAGCUCAAAGACGGAGAGUACUGGAUUGAUCCUAACCAGGGCUGCUCCAGAGACUCCUUCAAGGUGUUCUGUAAUUUCACCAGCGGAGCAGAAACCUGCCUGUACCCCAGCCAGAGCAUCAACACGGUGAAGAUGAGUUCCUGGGACAACGAGACUCCAGGAUCCUGGUACAGUCAGUUCGCCACUGGUAGUAAGUUCUCCUAUGUGGACUCUACCGGUGAGCCUGUGGGCGUGGUCCAGCUGGGCUUCCUGCGUCUCCUCAGCGUCCAGGCCCGCCAGAACCUCACCUACCACUGCCACCGCUCAGUGGCCUGGGCCGACCGGAGCGCCAAGAACAACUACAACAGGGCGCUGCACCUCCAGGGGGCCAACGACGAGAAGCUGAGCUACGAGACCAACCCUUACAUCAAGGCCUUGGUCGAUGGCUGCUCUUAUCGUAAGGGCUUUGACAGGACCGUCCUGGAGAUCAACACACCACAGGUGGAGCAUCUUCCUCUGCUGGAUAUCAAGGUGUCAGACUUUGGGGAGAGCAACCAGCAGUUUGGCUUUGAAGUGGGACCUGUCUGUUUCCAAGGCUAAAAAACACACACACACACACACACACAUAUCUACGCAUCAUGCAAAGAAACGACACGUGCAAAUACUCACGCACACACACAUGCACUUACAGACACACUUAUAUAUAAGAAACAUA